UCUAACUAGCUGCCUGUUUCAUUAUCUCCUCACUGGGGCAGCAUUUUCAGUCACGAAAUUUAAAAUAUGGUGAAGCUACAGUUGCCCAAUCCUGGCCUGGAGGACAGGAUACCUUCCCAUGCAGAACUUGAAGUCCUUGAGAAAGAAGAGGCAAGCUCCAGACCAAAAUGGGAUAACAAGGCUCAGUAUAUGCUGACAUGCGUAGGGUUUUGUGUGGGCUUAGGAAAUGUGUGGCGGUUUCCGUAUCUCUGUCAGAGCCAUGGAGGAGGAGCUUUCAUGAUCCCUUUCCUGAUUUUGCUAGUCCUGGAGGGAAUCCCCCUGCUUCAUCUUGAGUUUGCCAUCGGUCAAAGGCUGAGGAAAGGCAGUGUGGGCGUCUGGAGCUCUAUCCACCCUACCCUGAAAGGGGUUGGCAUAGCAGCAAUGUUUGUAUCCUUCCUGGUGGGUUUAUAUUAUAACACUAUUAUUGCCUGGGUAAUGUGGUAUUUCUUCAACUCCUUCCAAGAACCCCUGCCUUGGAGUAGCUGUCCUCUCAAUGACAACAGAACAGAUUACAUAGAAGAGUGUGCCAAGAGCUCACCUGUAGAUUACUUCUGGUACAGAGAAACACUGAACAUCUCCACUUCCAUUGACGAUUCAGGCACUAUACAGUGGUGGCUUUUGUUAUGUUUAACAUGCGCAUGGGGUGUACUGUACGUGUGCACAAUCAGAGGCAUCGAAACAACAGGAAAGGCUGUGUAUGUAACAUCAACUCUUCCAUACCUUGUGCUUACCAUUUUUCUAAUACGUGGCUUGACACUGAAAGGAUCAACCAAUGGAAUUGUGUAUCUCUUCACCCCUAAUGUUACCGAGCUGGCUAACCCAGUGACGUGGCUGGAUGCAGGUGCUCAGGUGUUUUACUCUUUCUCCCUGGCCUUUGGAGGCCUCAUUUCAUUCUCCAGUUACAACUCUGUUCACAAUAACUGUGAGAAAGAUGCCCUGAUUAUCUCAGUGAUCAAUGGUUUCACAUCCGUCUAUGCAGCAACUGUCAUAUACUCCAUCAUUGGAUUUAGAGCCACAGCAAGAUAUGAUGACUGUUUUGACAGAAAUAUUCUUACUCUGAUGAAUGCAUUUGAUUUGCCAGAAGGCAAUGUAACCCAAGAUAACUUUGAACAAAUGCAGCAGCUAUGUAACAUGACUGAUCCAACAACUUUUGCAAGCCUGAAGUUUGAAUCCUGUAAUCUGGAAAGUUUCCUGAAUGAUGGAGUUGAAGGAACUGGCCUAGCCUUUAUUGUUUUCACUGAAGCCAUCACCAAAAUGCCUGUCUCACCUUUGUGGUCCAUUCUCUUCUUCAUCAUGCUCUUCUGCUUGGGUUUGUCAUCUAUGUUUGGAAACAUGGAAGGUGUGCUUGUACCUUUACAAGACCUUAAGAUUAUACCCCCCAAAGUGCCUAAGGAAGUUGUUACUGGUCUCAUUUGUGCAGGAUCUUACUUGCUAGCUUUUAUUUUUGUGCUGAAUUCUGGUAAUUACUGGCUGGCUCUGUUUGACAGUUUUGCCGGAUCUAUUCCCUUGCUAAUAAUUGCAUUUUGUGAGAUGUUUUCAGUCGUCUACAUUUAUGGAAUAGACAGGUUUAACAAGGAUAUUGAGUUCAUGAUUGGACACAAGCCCAAUAUUUUCUGGCAGGUUACCUGGAGAGUUAUCAGUCCUCUCAUUAUGCUAGUUAUCUUCUUCUUUUAUUUUGUGGUGAAAGUCAGCGAAGAACUGCUCUACAGCAUUUGGGACCCUAGAUAUGAGGAGUUCCCCAAAACACAGAAGAUUGAAUAUCCCAGUUGGGUGUAUGCUAUUAUUGUAAUCCUCGCUGGAGUGCCUAGUUUGUCCAUCCCUGCCUUUGCCAUCUACAAAGCAAUCAGAAAUUUCUGUAAGAAAAAGAAUGACCGUAUGGGCCUUAUGAUCUCCACAUCUGAGACUUCUGUUAACGGAAACUUAAAGAAUUCAGCAUAAAACCAUUUUAAAAAUGUGGAAGAAUGCUUUGUCAGGGAGAAAAGUAAAGUUUGGGGUUUUUUUAAAAAGAAUCUGGAGUUAAUUUUAUUUUCAUAAAAGGAUAACUGUGUGUUGUUUCCAGGUAAACAUUUGUUUACUUAACAAUGCAAUGCACUGUGAAGGGUUAAUGGCUUGGAUCCUGGAAGCAAAACAACCACAUUUGGAAGUGAUUGGGGCACCAGGCCAAAUCAUUUGUCCUCCUUCUGGUUUUGAAGCCAGCUUGUUUGAAACUGGGUUGCAGUCCCCUGUUUGGGGAUGCACUGCGCUUGACAUGCCAUAAGUGACUCUUCCAUAUGCAGGCAUUCAGUUGGCUGACCAAUGUGAAGGGUAACUUAAUACUGACUUCUCUUGCACAUUAAAUUGUUUUUACUUUAUAUGCCACUGUGUUGCACAAAGCCACCAAUAUUAUGUCUCAUGCAGAAGUUUAAAAUAUUUAAUAAAAACAUUUCU